AUUGAAUAGCACGGCCUGAUACCUAAAUAAAAGUGAAAGCAAAUAGUAGGCACAUUCUUGUUGCGUCUUUAAGCGACUAAACUUCUAAUCACUUCGUUUACCUAAGAUGUCUUCCAAUGCGUGGCAACCGGCUUUCAAAACGAUAAAGGAACGGGGAAAACAUAUGUGGAAAAAUCCCGUACUCAGCGACGUGGAGUUCGUUGUGUGCACUAGCGCCGGAGAGAAAAUCAGCAUUCCCGCACAUCGAUAUGUGCUAUCUGUCAGCAGCCCCGUGUUUGAAGCGAUGUUCCACGGGGCAAUGGCUGAAUCGAGUCGAGAAAUCAGCCUACCGGACUGUUAUGCCGAGGCCUUGAGUGAAAUGCUGCGAUACGCUUACUACGACGAGGUGAAACUAACCGGAAGUAAUGCGAUGGCAGUUAUGUACCUCGCGGAAAAAUAUAAUUUUCCAGGGUUGAAAGAGAAAUGUUCCCACUAUCUGCAAGAAAAUCUUGAGCCAAAAGACGUGCUUUUUGUCCUUCCGGAAGCCAUGAAAAUACAGGAUGAAAAUCUACAGAGCCAUUGCUGGGAGCUGAUAGGCGAGAAAACCGAGGAAGUAGUGACGUCUGAUGCAUUCCUGAGUGUCACGCGAGAGCUGUUGUGUUACAUCUUAGACAGGGAUAAACUGAGGAUCAAAGAGAUAGAGUUAUUCAAGGCUGUGGAUCGCUGGGCAGAGCACCAGACCUCGAGUCAGGGACUGGGCACGGAUGGUGAAUCCAAAAGGCGUGUUCUGGGUGAGGAGGCCAUCAGACGGAUAAGAUUUCCAGUUAUUUCGCAAGAACAAUUUGCUAAGCUUGUGCUUCCGAAAGAUAUUCUUAUAAAAGAAGAAAUUAUUGAUAUUUUUGCUCAUUAUGCUUUGCCCAAGGUUUCUGAUUUAUUCAGCUCGAAAGCAAGGGUCACAUCCCUUAGUUCAGUUACGAGGUUUAUGUCAAAAGAAGAUUGUGGCUGGAGCUAUUCUGGCGGGGAAGAUUCUUUAUGUAUCAAAGUCAGCAACCAGGUUCGCUUGGUAGCAGUCUCGUUGUUUGGCAGUGAAGGGAACACAUAUACUGUUGAGUUAGCAGUAGAAAAAGAAGGACAGCAAGUCUACCAACAGGAGAAGCGUACAUUCUCAAGUAGCGAAUUAAUGAAUCCCACAAAUGGCAGUUAUUAUAAUGGGUUUGUUGUUAGCUUUGACCACCCUGUGACCAUACUCCCUAACACAAAAUACUGCUUGAGGGCAUGGAUUAACGGCCCUAAUUCUUAUUAUGGAAAUAAUGGCCAGUCAGUUGUAAAAUGUGAAGAUGUGGAGUUCACUUUCAUGGGGUCCGCAACAAGCUCAAGUUAACAGGGGUCAAUUUUGUGAGUUUCAAUUCUAUCUUUGUCAUACUCUAGAAACACUAAACCAUACGGGCUUGAUUUGAUCGAAUAGAUUGAAUAAAAAGAAGUCUGAAAAUGGAUACAUAACUAAUAGAAUGCUUUGGUUAAAGUGACUGCAUAUCCGGCAGCCGGAGGAAAGUAGAAUUCCGGUAGUCCGAAAUAAUCCUGUUUCUCGUUGAAUAAACUUAUCUCUAUUCCAGAA